AUGUAUCCUAAUCAACAACAAUAUCCACGACCAGGUGGAGGAGCGGGUGCUUCUAAUCCUCCAUAUCCACAACAAACACCAUACAACGCUAGUGGAGCGUAUCCACAACAACAACAACAACCACCUUACGGUGGUACACCACAAUACGGUAUUGGAGCAGGUUUAACAGGUGGUUAUCAACAAAAUAUGUCAGCACCAUCCGGUGGUAAUCAAGGUAACUAUGGAGGUUCUGGUAAUCCUUAUGCACAAGGUAAUCAGCCUCAAGGAGGAAAUCCUUAUGCACAAGGCAAUCAACCUCAAGGAGGAAAUCCUUACGCACAAGGUGGUCAACGUAUGCCAGGUGGUCCUGGUGGUUAUCCUCCUUCUGGUCAACAACCAUACGGUAGCAAUCCAUACAGUCAAAAUCCCGGUAAUCCAGGAAGUGGUUAUCCUCCACAAGGUGGUGCUUAUCCACCACAAGGUGGUGCUUAUCCACCACAAGGUGGUGCCUAUCCUCCACAAGGUGAUGCUUAUCCUCCACAAGGCGGUGCUUAUCCUCCUCAAAGUGGUGGCUAUCCAGGUCAAGCAGGCAGUGGCUUCGGUGGUCCAGGAACAGGUCAAAAUCCUGGUGGUUCCAUGUCGAAUGAUCAACGUUCACAACGACUUAAUCAAGUUGUUCAACAAUAUGAAAUCAAUCCGCAAUUUGCAGCACGUUUACAAGCACUUGGCAAUUGUGAAAUUGUUCUCUUAUGUGAUGAUUCAGGUAGUAUGAAUACACCACUUCAAAGCAGUAAUCAAACACGAUGGGACGAACUAAAAUCUCUCGUCAAUAUUAUUGCUGAUAUUUGCGCAGUUAUGGAUUCUAAUGGUAUUGAUGUUUACUUUUUAAAUCGAGAACCUGUACUUAAUGUAACCAAUACACAAAGUAUGCGACAUGUAUUUAAUUCACCACCACAAGGUUUAACUCCACUUGUACCAGCAUUACGAAAAAUUCUUGCUGCUAAACGUAAUCAAACAUUUGAAAAGAAAUUAUUAAUUCUUGUCGCUACUGAUGGAGCUCCAACAAAUGAACAUGGUCAAACAGAUAUUGGUGCAUUAGAAGCCGUUUUACGUCAGGAACGUACACCACAAACUUAUGUAACAUUUUUAGCCUGUACAGAUGAUCUUGAAUCUGUAAGUUAUUUAUCAAAUUGGGAUAAAACAAUGCCUAAUUUGGAUGUUAUUGAUGAUUAUCGUUCGGAAAAAGCUGAAAUUCAACGAGUACGUGGACCAAGCUUUCCAUUCUCUUUUGGUGAUUAUAUUGUCAAGGCUCUAUUAGGUUCAAUUGAUCCUUGGUUUGAUGCAUUGGAUGAACGUGCAUAA